AUGAUCUACCUCACCAAGCGGCGCUCCCGGCAGGGCUGGGAAAGCGACGAGCCGAAGCCUGAGGAGAAAGAGCAAAAAGCACCUAAAGGAGCGAAAGAGAGUGAAAGGGCGAAAUGCCACGAAUGGGGGAAUGAAGAUGAAGAAUGGUGGGAGCCUUGGGAAGAUUCAGCUCGCAAGGAGACCUGGAGUGGGGAUUGGGAGGAUUGGAAGGGGCAGGGCCGUCCUGGAGCCUGGACAGCCAGUCAGUCCAGUCAGGCUGUGGCACCCAAGCCGAAGGCGCGCCCCAAAUUCCACUCGGACAUGAGCCACUCAGGCGUGGUCAAUGCGCAGGAUCCAUGGACGGGGCAUCUUUUGAUCGAUUGCCCAGCUAUCCAGCAGCUUUACCAGCACCCUGCCAUCAUUCUGCCUAAGCACAACACCUCGAAUGUCCGCCUCGGUUCGAUUGUUGUCUUCCGGGUGCAGCCUGAGGGGGGUCUCCCUGUGGCCUGCGACAUUGCGGUCAACGGCUUUGACAUCGAAGUGGGUCAGCGCCCGGACAAAGUCCGGGACGACCACUGUGAUGGGGCCGGUUUCCUGCCGGCUGAGCGGAUACGAGAGAUGGGAAUCAACCUCCCAGUACCAAAUGGACCUGGGAAAGCCUACCAGCAACUGGUGAAGGGGCCAAGCUAUCGCCCUCCAAAGCUCCAGGAUCGUGUCUUCUUCGUCACUGGUGCCAACUCUGGGAUUGGCUUCGAAGCCAGCAAGGCCUUUGCUCUGGCAGGGGCCACCGUAGUCUUUGGCUGCCGAGAUCAGAAGCGAGCCACGACCGCCAUGCGGGCGCUUGUGACGGAGGGUGUCUCCGAAGCGCAGCUGCAUUUUUUGCCGCUAGACUUGACCUCCCUCCAGUCGGUGCGGAGGUGUGCUCAAUUGCUGGAGGAGUCGGGCUUGAAGGUGGAUGUGCUGGUCCUCAAUGCUGGCGUGAUGCGUCGUUGCCGGGAGCUGACUGAGGAUGGCUUUGAGAUGACCAUGGCAGCUAACCAUUUGGGACACUUCCUGCUAGUCCAGUUGCUGGUGCCUCACCUGCUGGCACAGGAGGCACAAGGCAGACAUCCACGAGUCGUUAUGGUGGGCUCCAAUCUUUGCUACUCCCACGAUGUCUUUGACUUCGAAGAGCUGGUGGCGGUCCGCUCCAGAAGGGAAGCUGAAAGCUUCAAGGCCAAGCCUUACAGCCUCUUCAGUGCAUAUGCCCAGUCCAAGUUAGCCAACUUGCUGAUGACGAGCGAACUCGCGCGGCGUCUACCCAGGAUACCAGUAAAUUGCGUGCAUCCGGGUGAAGUAUUGACCCAGGUGAUGAACGAUAUGCACCCGGUGGUGCUGGCGAUCUAUGCCAGCUUCCGCCCGGUGGCACGGAAGCUCUUCAAGUCCCCCGAGGAGGGUGCUGUUUGCACCGUCUUUGUCGCCACAUCACCUGAGUUGAGCUGCACUGGACAGUACUUCAUGCGGCUGCGACCGGCGAAGGUCUCCAAGGUGGCUCAAGAUCCAGAUGUCGCGAGGAGGCUAUGGGAAUUGAGCGUCCAACUCACUCAAAGUCCUGAUGAAAUAAACAAAUCAGCAAAGAAUUGA